AUGCCGUCAACAUGUGCCGCUUAUGGAUGCACUUCCCGAGGCGUGCCCGGCAGCAACAUUCAUUUUUUCCGCUUCCCAUCGGUGAAACGCGAUCGUCAGCGCCGUGAAGCGUGGAUCAGGGCUGUGAAGCGCCAAAAUGAAGACGGCAGUCCGUGGCAGCCUUCGGACUCGGCAAGACUGUGCGAAAAACACUUCGUUCAAGGUUCGCCGUCCAACUCGCCCAGGCACCCUGAUUUCGUGCCAUCACUGUUCGUAUACACCGAUGAGUUUAGGAAGAAGGAUGCCUUGCAGCGCUAUUCACGCACGGCAGCGCGAACGACACAGCGCGACAAGCAACGACGAGCUGUUCCAGUGAUGCCAGUCAAACAGAAACAAGACCCUGGGGCAGUUGACACUUCUUCAGGAGGUGAAGAAAACAGUGUGGAGAUGGAAGAGUCAGAUAACAGCUAUUCUGAGACCACAGAAGGCACCAUGGAUGCAGAGAAUGUGGACACGUCCAAUGCCAGCAGAGGCCACACUUUACAAGAAAAUCAAAGUGCUGCCGCACUGCUGAUGCUUGACACCACUGCCAUAGCCAAGGACCAGGUGGAGGAUGACCAGACAACUAAAUUGAACAGCCUGAUGCUGGAAAAUAUUGCUUUGUGUAAAAAAAUCCAGGACCUGGAAGCCAAAUGUACCAUCCCUAGCUGA